AUGGAUGCUCGUGCCGGUAUAAAUGCGCCCGCGAAACACGGGAUCGGUUUACUCGUUCGGGAAAUGCAUCCCAGGUUGGUGGGUCUCUUUUGGUGUCACUGUGCGGUCAUGCACACCUCCGUUAUUUUACUGUUAGUUGUGUGUGCAUCGCAUUGUUACCAGCCGCCUCCAGCGGAGGCUUACAUGACCAGGUGGGACAAGCUCAAUUUGGACCUCGUUUUGGAGAACAAAAAGCUGCUCCAUCAUUACUACAAUUGUCUGAUGAACAAGGGACCUUGUCCUCCUGAUGGUCGCGAAUUGAAGCGAGCUUUGCCGGAAGCAUUGAGUACUGAGUGUGCUAAGUGUUCCAAGAGCCAAAAGGAAGGCGCGAUUAAAAUUAUCAAGUACUUGAGAGAAUACAAACCGAAAGAAUUUGGAAUACUUGCCAAUAAAUAUGAUCCUGACGGAGUGUAUCGUAGAAAAUAUUUUGCAUCAGAAGAUACCAAUAAUUUGACGUAA